AUGGGGGGAUGGGAAUGGGCCUGGGUUCCCAUCCCCCCCCCGCCUCUCUUUAACCCCCCCCCCCCGUUUGUGCCCCCCAGCGCGGGGGGGCCGCGCUUGAGGCCGGUGCUGCUGCACCGCGCGGUGCUGGGCUCCGUGGAGCGCCUCCUGGCGGUGCUGGCCGAGAGCUGCGGCGGCCGCUGGCCCCUCUGGCUCUCCCCAAUGCAGGUGAUGGUGAUCCCGCAGGCGCCCGACGUCGAGGGGUACGCCCGGGAGGUUCAGGCUGUGCUUCGGGGUGGGGGCCUCCAGGCCGACCUGGAUGCGGACCCAGGGACCACCCUGGCCCGGAAGAUCCGCAGGGCCCAGCUCUCCCAAUACAACUUCCAGCUGGUGGUGGGAGCCCGGGAGCGCGCGAGCGGCACCGUGAGCAUCCGCACGCGGGAGAACCGGAGCGUGGGGCAGCGGGCGCUGGGCCCGGUGCUGCGGCGGCUGCAGGAGCUGCGGGAUGCGCGCGUGCGGGACGCCGAGCGAUGCUUCUGACCCCCCUUA